AUGCUGUCCUCGCACGGGCUUGCGGCAGGUACCUCGUCACGAGGCUCCGGGCGGACUCCAGCAGCAGCUUUUCGCUAUGCCCGGCUAUGCUCUGCGCGAACACAAAGCAGGUCUAGCCGAUCGGUGGCGGCUGCAGUCGCCGCCGAGCGCUUAGACGCACAAGUCUGCGUUGUGCUUGGGACUCAGUGGGGUGAUGAGGGCAAAGGAAAACUGGUGGAUAUCCUAGCGCAGCAGUAUGACAUCGUCGCUCGCGCUCAGGGUGGUGCAAACGCCGGUCAUACUAUCUACGAUGACGCGGGUAACAAAUACGCUCUGCACUUGGUGCCGUCGGGCAUUCUCAACCGGGACUCUACCUGCGUCAUCGGAAACGGCGUCGUUUUGCACCUGCCUGGCCUCUUUGAAGAAAUUGAAAACCUGAAGAAGAAGGGGGUCAGCGUAGAAGGCCGUCUCAAGAUUUCCGACCGAGCGCACCUUCUUUUUGACUUGCAUAAGGAGAUUGAUGGCUUGCGCGAGGCGGAGCUUGCCGGCGCUGGCAAGCAGAUUGGCACCACCAAGCGCGGAAUUGGUCCGGCAUAUAGCUCGAAAGCCACGCGAAACGGCUUGCGCGUCUGCGACCUACAUAAGCUGGACUCCUUCGCAGACAAGCUACGAAAGCUUUCUAUGGAUGGCGAGAAGCGCUUUGGGCCCGGAUUCCAGUAUGAUGUCGAUGAGGAUAUCGAAAAGUAUCAAGAACUGGCGAAGAAGGUGUUGCCAUAUGUAACGGACACGGUGGAAUACCUCCACACAGCGUACGACACUGGCAAGCGUAUUCUCAUCGAGGGGGCCAACGCCACGAUGCUAGAUGUUGACUUCGGCACCUACCCAUACGUCACAUCCUCCAACCCGUCCAUUGGUGGAAUUGCGACGGGCCUGGGCCUGCCCCCCACCAAAUACGACGCUGUAGUGGGCGUGGUUAAGGCGUAUACCACACGUGUGGGUGCGGGGCCAUACCCCACUGAGAUUUUCGGAGACCUUGCGGAGCGCUUGCGUGAGAUUGGCCAUGAGUACGGUACUACGACCGGCCGGCCACGCCGCAUCGGCUGGAUGGACGUCGUUGCGCUGCGUUACAGCUGCAAGAUUAAUGGCUUGACGCACCUCAACAUCACCAAGUUGGACGUGCUGUCGGAGCUGGAGGAAAUUAAGAUUGGCGUGGCGUACAAGACGCCCGAUGGCCGCAUGCUGAGAUCGGUGCCAGCAGACCUGGAGACGCUUGAGAACGUUGAGGUCGUGUACGAGUCAAUCCCGGGAUGGAAGUCGGAUAUUUCAGGGGUGCGCGACUGGAAGGACAUGCCGCAAGCCGCUAAGGACUAUGUGCAGCGCAUUGAGGACCUCAUAGGCAUCCACUGCAAGUGGAUUGGCGUGGGGCCAGGUCGCGACGCGCUCGUGGUUAAGCCAGCUAAGGGCAAGUGCUGA